AUGGACAACUCUUUAUUCAUUUUCAGGAAAGGGUUCAAUAUGGCUUACAUAUUUUUGUAUGUUGAUGAUAUUAUUCUCACAACUUCUUCAGAUACUCUCCGGCGUUCUAUAAUGGAUCUUCUUAGUUCAGAGUUUGCUAUGAAAGAUCUGAGUCCUCUUAACUAUUUUCUUGGCAAGGGUGGUAUGUUCCUUUCACAGCAAAAGUAUGCGAAACAAAUAAUUGAGCGUGCCGGUAUGUCUUCUUGUAAGCCGUCUCCCACUCUAGUUGACACCAACUCAAAGGUUAGUGCUACCUCUAGUACUAUUUUUGAUGAUCCUACUAUGUAUAGGAGCCUUGUAGGGGCUCUGCAAUAUCUAACAUUCACACGGCCGGAUAUUUCAUAUGCUGUCCAACAGAUUAAUUGGGGUGGAUGUUCUGAUACGAGGCGAUCGACAUCUGGUUACUGUGUUUUUUUGGGUGAUAACUUGGUUUCUUGGUCAUCUAAGAGACAACCGACGUUGUCAAAAUCUAGUGCUGAGGCAGAGUAUCGUGGUGUGGCUAAUGUAGUUUCUGAGUCAUGUUGGCUCCGAAACCUCCUACUAGAGUUACAUUGUCCGGUUAAAAAGGCUACUCUUGUGUAUUGUGACAAUGUCAGUGCUAUUUAUUUGUCCGACAACCCUGUUCAACAUCAACGUACGAAACAUAUUGAAAUGGAUAUCCAUUUUGUUCGAGAGAAGGUUGCUCGUGGCGAAGUCCGUGUUCUUCAUGUGCUGUCUAGAUAUCAGAUUGCGGACAUAUUCACAAAGGGUUUCCUGCAAGGUUUCUUUAAUGAUUUUAGGGACAGUCUCAGCGUCCGACAACCUGCUGCUUCGACUGUGGAGGCUGAUUUUACGAGAGAAAAGGAUAUUGUAUUGAACUACUUGAUUCUGUCAAGUGGUUGGGGAAGUGUUUCAGGGAAGCACUUCAUUGAACUGCUAGAGUUAGUAGUUAAGGAGCGACUAGAGUUAGUUGCUGGGAAAUUGCUCAUUGCAUAG